UAAAACUUAAUUAAAUGCCCUUUGACAAGUAACAAUCGCGCAAAAACAGGAUUUACACGUUACAAGUACCCACAUAAUUAUAAUAUUAGAUAGAUCAAAGUUUACGAUAGAUAAAGUAUAAAUACUAUUAAACUAAGAUCUGCGAAUCAUAUUCGUACAAACACAGUGUACUCAUUCAGCUAUCAAAAUAAUAGUCAUACGCGAUAAGUGCAAUAAACGAUGUGUUAAUGAAAAAGUUUCUUAAUAACGUCGCUGCAUUGGUUGAUUGUUAUCUAGAGUGAAAGGUUAGUACGAUAACAAACAAAGUUGUGUAUAACUUAUCUAUGUAACAAUACAAGUCCAGACAGUGGUGUCGAAUUAUUGUUUUUUUAAGUUCCUGACAAAUAAAUGAAAUAUAUACCUACGUAUACAUGACAUACAACAAAAAUAUCGGGAGUUACCAAAGUAUGUUUCAGGUUUAAAUUUGUUUUUCAAUAUUUUAGUAUAUAAAAUGAGUUUACGAAGGCCAAGGGCUGACCAAGGCAUACGAAAUGGAAUCGUCACACAAGAAGAAAAAACAAAGAGUCCCGAAUUUAUGCAUCGAGAGUCACCAUUAACAGUUCUCAUUGAACAUUCAUUGCACAUAAGGGCAAUAUAUCACAUAUUCGUUGUCAUUCUACUGGUUCUGCUAUGUAAUACGGUGAUUUACGACCUUGUCGAGCACGGAAAAAUAAACAUCGGUGUGACGUUAGUUUUACAUUUGUUCGGUGACAUGAGACGAUGCGUCAAGCUGUGGUUGUUCGAGCUAAUGGUCGCUCUUGCCGUUUAUCCGGGAUUUAUAAUAUAUUCCUGGGUACGAAAGAUUAUCAGGGAUCACGCAGGAUUAUGCAGAAUCUGGUCCAUAGUAGGAGUAUUAAGCGUGAUCACGCUGGGAACAACACUAUUAGCAGUUCCAGUGUAUGAUUUAGCACAUAAUAAUUUGCCUAUGGCGUCGUCUAGCAUUGUUACCUGUGAAAUGUUUCGUUUUGUUAUGAAAAUUUGUGCUGUUGUUACUGCUUGUAAGAACCGGUUACAAGACGGAAGUACAAAAAUACCCUCAUUUUCACACUAUCUGUACUUCCUAUUCGCACCUACGCUUAUCUACAGAGAUGAGUACCCCAGAACCAAGAAAAUUAUGUGGGAUGUUGUGGUUUUCCACUUUUUGGAAGUAAUUGCUAUAAUAUUUUAUAACUGUUUCCUAUGGGAGCGUUUCAUAUUACCCCAUUGGUCAGAUUAUGGAAAGGAAGCGAAGGUGGAGGCCGGCACUGUUGUACGCGGUAUGUUCGCGUGUGUGUUGCCUGGUGUUAUAUCUUUCCUCUGUGGAUUUUAUUGCUUGCUACAUGCAUGGCAUAAUGCCUUUGCAGAGAUGCUCAAAUUUGGAGACCGUCUUUUUUAUGAAGACUGGUGGACCACUUCACGCUUCUCGUAUUAUUACCGAGCUUGGAAUCGGAUUGUACAUGCAUGGCUCCACCACCACAUACAUCGUCCUCUAGCACCGCGUGUUGGUCGAGCUAUGUCUAUUCUAAUAGUAUUUUUAUUAUCGGCUGUAGUACAUGAAGUGAUAUUGGCUCUUUCUUUCGGUUUCUUUUACCCAGUAAUUUUGAUCGAAUUUGGAGUAUUCGGUCUUUUGAUGCUGCCUUUAACAGCCACUACUGGACUUCGCUUUCCUAACGCAUUGAACCUUCUAAUGUGGUUAUCGUUUUUUAUUGGCAACGGCCUCUUAUGGAGCUUAUACGCCAUGGAACAUUUUUCAAGGAAAAAUUGCCCAAAAUCAGAAUCAGACAGUUUCUUCAUACCAAAGUCAUGGUCUUGCCCAGAAAUUGUAUUAAAACCAAAUUGGACAUUUCAAAAUCCAUUCGACAUAAUUUAUUGAUCGUAGUUUAAGUUUGAAAAUAAAAGAUAUAUAUUUUAUUUUCAAUUAUAGUAAAAUUAUUAUUAAUAAUAUAUGUUGUUUUAUAACAUUUAACUAUUCUUGGAUCUUAUUUA